AUAUUUUUCCCAGAUGGAAAUUCUACCUAUGAAUUUCAAGACUCUGUCUUAUUGUGGCCUGUGGAGUGAAAACGUCAAAUUUCACUUUCUAAAAUCAGUUUACAAAACUUUGGUGGUUGUCCUGAUAUUUCAUUUUACAAUAGCAGAAGCUAUAGAAUUUGUGAAAACAUGUGGCUCAGAAGAAGAUUCGACACAGGGACUUUUCCUUUCAUUUACCUUUCUCGCGCUUUGCUUCAAAAUCCUAAAUUUCGUUUUGGAUCGAAAGGAAAUGUUGAAUCUAUUAGCAAAAUUUUCUUCUGACAUCUGCCAACCAAAUUCUUCAGAAGAGUGGGUCAUUUUCAAAAGAUGCACACAACAAAUUGACCGAAUUUUCUUGACAUUUAUGAUUCUCUCUCAGACAAGUGGCAUAGCUUUUUUGACUUUACCUUUUCUGGAAACAGGAUUAGUAAAUGUAACUUUACCAUUUAGAACUUAUCAACCUUAUGAUGUUUCAAAUAAUGCCUUGUACCUGGCUACAUAUACAUUGCAACUUUUGGCAGCAUUUUAUGGGGUGUUGCUGAAUGUCACUUUUGAUACAAUGGUUUACGGUUUCAUUUUAUUAAUAUGUGCUCAAUAUGAAAUACUUUGUCACAGGUUAUUGAAAAUUGAGUAUCAUUGUAGCAAUUUUUCUAUAAAAAAAUGUGUACAUCAUCACGUGAUUAUUCUAGAUCUUAUUUCAAGCACACAAUCUUUCUUCAUGAAGGUUGUUACUCCACUUUUUUUCUUUAGUUUGAUUACAUUGGGUGCUUCGGUUUUCAAAAUUAUUCAGCUUAAUUUACUUAGCAUCGAGUUUUUUACGAUGGCUCUCUACUUAAUGUGCAUGAUGUCUGAAAUCUUUUGUUACUGCUCUUAUGGAAAUGAAUUAACUCUCAAGAGUAAAAAUGUAAUUGAUGCUGUAUACUGUAGCAAUUGGGUGAAAUUUGAUUCAAUAGAAAGAAAAGGUUUAAGGUUUAUUAUGCAUAUGAGUGUAAGAGGAAAAGUCAUAUCACAUCAUGGUCAGUGCAUUUUGAACCUAAAUACUUUCGUUUGGAUUAUAAAAACAUCCUAUAGUGCUUUGAAUGUAUUACAAAAAGGCGAAAAAGCGUAAAAGAGUUUUUGAAGUAUAUUCUAUUUGUUAAUAUUAUCGAUAAAAAAUCUUGCAUUACACUAAGCGUAUGUGACGUAAAGGGCACACUGGGUCAGAAGGACCCAUCACCAACUUUGAGUGCUUAUUGUAACCAGAGAAUGAAUUUUUUCAAGAUGUAAGAAUUUAUUUAGUUGAACUCCCUAAAAUUAGCAGCCUAUAUUUUGGGAAUAGAUGUAAAUAAAUUAAAAUAGUUU